AUAUAACAUUUGAGUGUCAAUGUAAACCUCAUUAAUCUUACGCACUGUUAAAAUUUACUUUCUACCGUGGUGAUAGUCGUACUACAAACAGUAAAAUUCGUUUGAGUUCAUCUGGAAGUAGGAAUAUCAGGAGCUCGCUAUGUCGUCUUCGGGGGAUGACAAAAUGCCAGCGCCAUCCCCGACUUGCGAAUUUAAGAAACCGCCGGCUCUACUCACAGUAGGAAAGGUUGGCGGCAAAAAGAAGUUUAGGGCUCCGGAACCACCAAAAUUGAAUCCUCCACCGAUAACAAUUGCUAAAGAGAACAGCACCUUAUUGGAAAAAAAGGAGGGAAAAGAUCAAUCGCUCGUACCUGUUCCCAUGGUAAAGCUCAAGCAGACUACACUCUCAAUAGGACCUGAUAGCCAAGACGGAAAGAUCUUGUACCCUGCACAGAAAUGUCCGUACGAUGAACCUUCUUGGGGUGGACGGCCCGAAGUUGACUUUAGAUUGUCGGUAUUAAAGAACGGUACAAUCAUCGGAUCGGAAAAGCUUGCAAAAAGCUUUUUUGUCGUUGGAAGACAUCAAGACUGCGAUCUCAUCAUGGAACAUCCAUCCAUUUCACGAUUUCAUGCAGUACUUCAAUAUCGAAAACCUCAUCCGGAUGCCACAGAUCCGGAGAAACGGCUGGGAGGAUUUUAUUUAUUUGAUCUUGGUUCCACCCAUGGCACACAACUAAAUCGCCAACCGGUUGACGCAAAGAGUUACCGCCGUGUUCGCGUAGGCCAUCACAUAAAGUUUGGGUUUAGCACCCGCGCAUUUAUCCUCGAAGGCCCAGCGGAAGACGAGGAGGCUGAAAGCGAACUCAGCGUGACCGAAAUUAUUGAGUUGCGUAAGAAGCGUGAAGCCGAGUGGAAACUAAUGCGAGAAGCCGAAAGAGUGUCAAAAGAAGAAGCCGCCAGGAAAAGGGACGAAGAGGAUAGAGACGCGGGUAUUAACUGGGGAAUGGCGGAGGAUGCGACAGAAGAGGACGAAGAAUGUCCUACAAUGUCCGAUGUAAACCCUUUUGCGUUUGGAACAGCUGAAAAUGUAGACGAACAACUGUACCUUGAUGACCCGAAGAAAACGUUGCGUGGCUGGUUUGAGCGCGAAGGAUACGAGCUCGAGUACCAUGUUGAGGAAAAAGGACCACAGCAAUUUAUUUGUAGAGUCAAAUUACCAAUCGAUGUAGGCAGCGGUUCAGCUGUAAUAGCGGAGGCAUGUGUAAAGGGCCGCAAGAAGGAAGCCGUCGUACAAUGUGCCAUGGAAGCGUGUCGGAUUCUCGAUCGCCAUGAUGAACUCAGGAAGGCGCAUCAUGAUAGUCGUGCCAAGAAGAAUUUAAAAAACUGGAAAGAGGAUGAUUACUAUGAUAGCGACGAAGACGAGUUCUUUGACCGUACAGGAGAUCUCGUUACCAAACGGGAACAACGUAAGGCUCGAUUGGAACAUAAAGGACAAACGGUUGAGACGUAUGAGAGCCUGAAGGAAAAACUUGCUAUAACUGAAAAUGCGAUUAGAGAGAUCAACGAAUCACUUGAGAAGUCGAAGGCUGUCGAAGCAGCAAGCAAAGCAUCAGGCGAUGGUGGUGACAGUUUAGAAUCGUUCAUGAAACAAUUGAAGGCCGGCACGGCGUUGGAUAAAGCGAAACGAUCCCAACUGAGACUUGACCAUGCUCGUCUGACAGCUGAACAGAUUCGUCUGAUACGGCUGGUCAAUAUCGCAAAACCCACUGAAUUGCCUCCACUAAAAGCGAUGUCAAUAUUGCCGGAUUCAUCAUUGAAAGAAGGACAAAGAAGUACUGAAAAAUCCGUCACUCCAAUGGUAGGAUCGAUGCGAGGUAGGAAACGACCCGUUCUGCCACUGACCGGAAUGCCGGCUAAAGUGAUGCGGAUGCACCUGGAAGACGCUAAUGAUAAAGUUUUGACUUCGACCCAGACUAGCGACUCAACAGUUCUUCGAGCAGAGCCACAAAACAAAAAAGAAGAGGACGAAAAUGAAACGAAAGUAGAGAAGAACACCGAAGACGAAGACCAAAACAAAGUAAACCCAAUAAAAAUAGAACAGAAGGAAACGAUGACCAGUACCCGGGAAAACAGUAUCGAUAUUCAUCGAAACAAUGCUCAUAUUUCAGGAAAUUCGGAUGACAUAAAGAACGAAAAAAAUAAAAUGAUACCGACAGAAAUAAAACAGCACACGAUUGCCAAGUUUCAACAGCUAAAUCUAACGAGACCACAAAGGGCAAUCGGACCAACACUGCCGCCGGGAAUGCUGGAAGCCUUGAACAAAACAUCAACAGAUGACACUGCAGAGAACAAUAAACUAUUAAAAUUACAACCAUCAAUAAAUGCAGCAGUGGCAGAAAAUAUUCGUGAAAGCAGUACACCAACAAGAAAUGAAGAUUUUGAUGACUGGCUUCCUCCAGCAGGGCAGACUGGUGAUGGAAGAACCCCACUCAACGAUAAGUUUGGCUACUAGUUUCAUGCAUAGAAUAU